GAUGCUUCUAAUAUAACAAUUUUAGGUCUGCUGCUUGACUGCAGUUUACCAAAAAUGUUCUACAAUCAGCCCCAGGGUUGGUGUUUAGUAUCCGAGGAAGGUAGAAUUGCACUUCAGAUCAGUCUUUCUGAAAGAGGGGAAAGGCCGACCCACUUGGACAAACUCAAGCCUUACGUGCUAGAGAAUAUUGUGGUGCUGCUGGUCCUCCCACCACCAGAAGAUGCUGUCUAUCCCAGAAUAGGAGUGUUCAUGUUGAACUCGGGGGUUAAAAAGCUCUUUCUUAAGGAGAUCCAGCUCUUGUCUAGGACAGACAGCAGUGUAGAACUCACUGAAGUGCUACUCAAGCCUUCCGUUACUAAUUUCACUCAAGUGGCUUCACUCUUCUGUAGACGCUCUUUGUCAGCUAAAAGUAAAAGGUGUCCAAGACAGAUUGGCCUGCAGAUUUUAGCAAACAGAACGGUGAAUUUAUAUCCACUGCUGGAAAGCACACACAGAUGGUCCAGCUCUGAGCUGAGUUCUUUAGUUCAGCUCAGACAGAAGCAGAGGGGCUCAGAGCAUGUUGAGCUCUGGCUGUCCAUCCCCUUCCCCAUCACCUUCAGAAUCACUAACAUCUCCAUUUCGCAGCAUAAACUCUUUAAGGUUGUAAAUUUGACAAAGUCCCUGGAGGUGAGCCCUGGUAGCUGGAAGCUUCUGUCUCUUCAACUGCUCAGCAAAUCUUUACCCACAAACCUCAAAACCACAGUUACCCUGACAACCAAUGUAGGGGUUCCAAUGGAGCUUCAACUCCAAACGUAUUCUACUGCCUCAAAGCAGGGAGGUGUUAUGUUUGAGUCUUCUGAAGCGUGUGAACGGCUCUGUCCUCUCCAUUUGUCCAGAGCAGGUGAGAUAAACACAACUGAACACACACAAGUGUUUUUUCUAGACCAAUGGAUCUCAACCUUUUUGACUCCAAGGUUAACCAUUGUCUUAAACAGUUUGUUUUGA